GAACAACCGGUAUACAGAGGGGCAUUCUAAUAGAGCCGAUAUUAGUUACUCGCUGGACAACGUACCAGUCGUUUGGUUGUUCCGAAACUGUCAUGGUGUUUCUCUCGAGUGAAUCCUGGUGGAGUCAUGUGUCCGCUGCUCCUCCGGACGUGAUGCUGCAAAGCGGGGAAGCUUACACGAGGGAUCGACAUCCUGAAAAGGUGGAUCUGACCGCUGGCGUCUAUCGAGAUGAUUCAGGGAAUCCGUGGGUGCUGCCUUGCGUUCGCCAGGCCGAGAAGAAACUGGCGGCGAAGAACCUCGACAAGGAGUAUCUGCCCAUUGACGGUUUCCCGGACUUCUGCUUGAACAGCACCAAGCUGGUGCUCGGCGAGGACUCGGAGCUGUUGGCUGAGGGCAGAGUCGCGAUGAUCCAAGCAGUUGGUGGCACUGGCGGACUUCGUGUCACGCUAGAAUUCAUGUCCCAAUUUUACAGAGGUGUUAAUGAAAUAUGGUCCAGUGAUCCGACCUACGGUGCUUACGAGGGGGUUCUGCAACAUUUUAAAUCCGUUAAAAAAUACCGCUACUACGAUUAUCACAAGAAAUGUCUCGACUUCCCUGGGUUCCUUGAAGACAUCGGGCGAAUGCCAGAGGGAUCGAUUAUCCUGUUUCAACCCUCCGCGCACAAUCCCAGCGGCGUGGAUCCGACUCUGGAACAAUGGGCUGAAAUAUCGGGGGCGUUGAAGAAAAGGCGAAUUUAUCCAAUUAUCGAUGUGGCUCACCUUGGCUUGGCAAAGGGUGACACAGAACAGGACUCUGCUUCCGUAAGGCUGUUCGCCCGAGAUGGUCACCAGUUUACAAUAGUACAGACCUAUUCCAAGAGCCUCGGACUUUACGGGGAACGCGUCGGUUCCUUGAGCUUUGUCACUGCCAGUGCAGAUGAAGCGGCCAGAGUGAGAUCCCAGUUGAAGAUCAUCAUGCGCGAGAUGUACUCCUGCCCCCCUGUAAACGGUGUCAGAAUUGCUAACGAGAUCUUCGCGGAUCCUGAUCUAAAAAAGCAGUGGAUCAAGGACCUGAAGACCAUGACAGACAGGAUAAACUCCUCUCGAAAGGCGCUCAAGGAACACCUAGAUAAAACUGGCACGAAAUUAAACUGGGAUCACGUUACCAAUCAAGUCGGAAUGUGUUGUUUCAGUGGGUUGACUUUAGAACAGGUGAAAAGAUUGGGCAACGAACAUCACGUUUACGUGUCGGUGGACGGUCGGAUUGCAGUGGCUCGUAUAACUCCUGGAAAUGUGGAACGCGUCGCCAGAGCAUUGCACGAAGUUACCAAAUGAAGAUUUCAUACAACUGUUUGAGCGAGUUUUUUGCAGUAACAACGUCUGUGCCCUGACGGAAAAAACCAUCAACUUGGGUGUAAAUUCGCGCCCUCAACUCAUUGAUAAUGAUAAAAUUCUACAAGAAAAAAGUCGAGGGUUUCUUUCCGUGAAGGUGUACUGUGCAAGAUAUUGAUAAUAAACGUUUAUAAAAUAAAAUGUAUGGUCAUGUGUAGCAAUAAAUGGC